AUGUUUGUAGUUAUCAACACGGAUCCGGGUACAACAUUAAACGAAUUGAUGGCUUUUAUGACUCAGAAGACGAUCACUUUUUCUGUAACGGAUAAUCUAUCGAAACUCUGCGAUCGACCUGAUAAAUGGAAGGAAAUGGGAACCCAAACAGACGACGAUUACGAUAGCCUUCUUCCACACAAGAAAUCAAAAAUUUCGAAUGGAGAUACAGAUUGCGUAUCACCAUGCUCAUCAGCAACACCGUCUGAAUCUAUUGAUUUAGGAAUUUCAAUCAAAACCAAUGGAAAUGGAAACAAUAAUUGGGAUUUAGAGAAUUCGACAGUUCUACGAGGUCUUAUUAAAAAUGAAAAUGAAAAAUCGAAUCAUUUGAUGAAAGAAGAGCCAGAAGAAGAUGCUUCGGUUGAAGACGUCAUGAAUUCUGAAAUGAUUCAGACACAAUUGAUGCAAGCUCUUUUUGCCAAAAGUCAAAACGGAGGAAUCAAUGGAUUUGCUGCUUUGGAAGACAACGAAAGUCUAGAUGGGAAAUCAUCAGCAGGAGUACUUUCUGAUCUUCAAGAAGCCUUCCGAAUGGACGGAUCUCCUGUUUCGGCAAUCCGAUACAAACCCGCCUACGCAUCAACGAAACGUGGUGUUUGUCAUGUCUGUAAUAGAGAAGUUUCAUUGAUUACAACUCAUCGAAGGAGGCAUGCAAUUACUCAUUUGGGUUUCAAAACAUUGAAAUGCGCAUUGUGCUAUAAGUUUUUCAGUAGACAAGAUUUGGCAACAGGUCAUUUUAAGAAGGAUCACCCAACUUCUGAAUUUACGCCUUUUGUUGAUACAAUGUCAUCAGAAGAUGAAAAACAGCUUGUUUUGAUGAUGGGAUUGUGUUUUCCUGAUGAAUCUGGUCCAAGAAAAAGAAAAGACGGCGAGAAGAAUAAAGGCGAAGAGCAGCAAACCGUCGAAUGA